GUAGGCUGUCCCUGCCUAUGGCAGGGGGGUUGGAACUGGCUGAUCCCUGUGGUCCCUUCCAGCCCUGACUGAUUCCAUAAUUGUGGAAGGUAGUGAUGGUGUUCUUUACAUGGUGUCCAUCUCAGGUUCACCCAUCAUGCCUAGAGUGACCAUCCCAAGAGCAUGUCACUGUCCCAAGGAGCUCAUCUGUAGAGCAGCCAUCCCAAGGACCUCACCUCUAGGGGGGCCACCCCAAGAGGACAUUGCCAUCCCAGAGAGCUCUCCCCUCCUGCUGGUUUGAAGGGGCCAUGUCAACCUGGCUGCUGGUGGCCAUCUCAGGCUCCCUGCUGCUGGCCCUGCAGGGGUCGUGCACCCUGGCAGAGCUCACCAGCAGGAGACUGGUCGCCGCGGGAGCCUCGGUGCUGCUGGAGGCACCCAGCAUCGCCAACGCCAGCCUCACCGACUGGGAGUUCAUAAGGAGGGGCACCCCUGAGUUCAUCCUCCAGUACUAUGCCGACGUCCAGGCUCCCACCAUCUACCCAGCCUACCGAGGCAGAGUGCACUUCUACCCCGAGAACGGCUCCAUUCUGCUGCAGGGGCUGCAGGAGGCAGACAGUGGCAUCUACAGAGCAACCGUGGAUCUGAUGCGGGACAAAGCCAGGACAACCCUCCUUGAAGUUGUCAAGCCUGUGUCCCAGCCUGAGCUCCAGAGCAGCUCGAAUCUGGCAGGCUCAUCCAUUGAGCUGCUCUGCGUGGUGCCAAAGGGAAUGGAAGUUUCCAUCUCCUGGAAGAAGGAUGGAUAUCCCCUUCCCCCUGAAAAGCUCUGCCUGCUCUCUGAGAACAGCACUGUGCUGCAAAUGAGGAGUGGAGAGAAGGCAGACUGUGGCUCCUACUCCUGCAAUGUCAGCAAUGAGAUAAGCUGGAAGGAGGCAACCAUGAACCUGACUGUGACAGGUCUCACCGCUCCCCUGCACCACGUGCAGAGGUUGGCUGCUGUCGCACUGAUCUUCAUCGCCAGCUCCGCCGCCAGCUUCAUCACCCUGCUCUGCUGGCCGAGGGAGAGCAGCUCAGGCAUGGAAGCAUGGAAUCACAUCUCCCUGUCUGGCUACAUCUUGCUGUGUGUCUGCUCCAUCCUUCUGCUUGCCACCUCCAUCAUCUGGAUGCAUGAAGAAGGGCUCUCUGCUGCUUUCUUCUUGCCUGGGUUGUUUUUCUUUGGAGCAGCAGUAGGAACUGCCUGGAAGGCAGCAGCAGUGCUGUGGAGACCAGCAGCUCUCAGCCACCUCAAAGCCCACUUGUGGUACCACAUCAUCUGCCACUCCACAGCCCCCACAACACUGAUUGUCAACUUCUUCUUCAGCACCACCUUGCUCCACAACAUUGAGAAGCUCCAUGAGCGAGGCUGCUCAGAGUCUGUUGACCUGAAGCACAGCUGCAUCUCUGCUGCUGUAGUCAUCAUCAUGCUGCUGAUUGUCCUCCUGCAGUAUCACAGGAGAAAGAGGAUGGAGAUGCACAAGAUGAAGGACUACAGGGCCAGAGCCCCAGAGGUGGUCACCGCAGUGCUGGAAGAACCCCAAGGACAGGUGCAGGAAAGUGUCUAAGGGAUGCAUGAAGGACAGGUCCUGCCUGACUAACCUGGUCCUCUAUGACAAGAUACUCUGACUAUUGGGUGAGGGAAAGGCUGUGGAUGUUGUCUACCUAGACUUUGGAAAAGCCUUUGGCACUGUUCCCCACAGAAUUCUCAGGGCCAAACUGUCUGCCCAUGACUUGGACAGGCACAGCUCUCCUGGAUCAAGCAUUGCUGGGUGAGAGGGUCCAAAGAGGGGUGGUCAAUGGAGCUAAAUCCAGAUGGCAGCUAGUCACAAGUGGUGUCCCCCAGGGCUCAGUGUUGGGACCACUUCUGUUUAAUAUCUUUAUUGAUGAUCCUGAUGAAUCAUAGGAUCAACCAGGUUGGAAGAGACCUCCAAGAUCCUCCAGUCCAGACUAUCACCCAGCCCUAUCCAAUCAACUAGACCAUGGCACUAAGUGCCAAACUAUCACCCAGCCCUAUCCAAUCAACUAGACCAUGGCACUAAGUGCCAAAUUAUCACCCAGCCCUAUCCAGUCAACUAGACCAUGGCACUAAGUGCCAAACUAUCACCCAGCCCUAUCCAGUCAACUAGACCAUGGCACUAAGUGCCAAACUAUCACCCAGCCCUAUCCAGUCAACUAGACCAUGGCACUAAGUGCCUCAUGCAGUCUUUUCUUGAACAGUGUGGCCAGCAGGACAAGGGAGGAUAUUCUGCCCCUGGACUCAGCUCUGGUCAGGCCACACCUUGAGUUGUGUGUCCAGUUCUAGGCUCCUCAAUUCAAGAGAGAUGUUGAGGUGCUGGAAGGUGUCCAGAGAGGACACAGAGUGUGUCAGCUCAGGUUGUCAGUUCACAGAUGAUACCAAGUUAGGUGGUGGUGUGGAUCUGCACCAGGGCAGGGAGGCUCUGCAGAGGGGACUUGAAUAGAGUGGAUCCAUGGCCAACAUUAACAAGAUGAGCUUCAGCAAGGCCAAAUGCCAGGUCCUGCACUUGGGCAACAGCAACCCCAAGUAACCCCAAGCUACAGGCUUGGGGCAGUGUGGCUGGAAAACAGCCUAGCUGAAAGGGACCUGGGAAUUGCAGUAGACAAAUCAACUCAAUGUGAGCCAGCAGUGUGCCCAGGUAGCCAAGAAAGCCAAUGGCAUCCUGUCUGGGAUCAGAAAUGCAGCAUCCAGCAGGAGAAGGGAGGUGAUUGCCCCCUUGUACUCAGCUCUGGUGAGGCCACACUGUGCCCAGUCUGGGGCACCUCAAUACAAGAGAGAGGUGGAGGUGCUGGAGCAAAUGCAGAGGAGGGCAACGAAGCUGAGGGAGGGCCUGGAGAAUAAAUCCUGUGAGGAGUGACUGAGGGAGCUGUUUAGUUUGAAAAAGAGAAGGCUGAGAGACCUCACUGCUCUUUACAGUGACCUGAAAAGAGGUUGUGGAGAGGUUGGUGCUGGUCUCCUCUCAGAGGUAAACAGUGAUAGAACAAUGGCCUCAGGCUCUGACUGGGUAGGUUUAGACUGGACGUUAGGAAAACUCUUUCAUAGACAGAGUGGUCAGGGACUGGAAUGAGCUGCCCAGGGAGGUGGUUGAGUCACCAACCCUGGGUGUGUUUAAAGGUCAUUUGGAUGUGGUGCCUGGGGAUAUGGUUUAGGGUGAACCUUGCAGAGUAGAGUUAUGGGUUGGAUUUGCUGAUCCUGAGUGGCUUCUCCUAGCUGAAGAGUUCUGUGGUUCUGUAACAGAUCAUCUCCAUGACAGGAGCUGGGGUCCCGUGUUAGGAACAGCUGCUGUUGGCCAAAGAGAGGCAUCCAUAAUCCUACCUCUAGCCUAGCACAAGCUGGUCAGAAACCUUUCCAAAACACUGUCCCCCAGGUCACCAAGGAGCAGGUCCAGAUGACAAAUGAUGUUCUGCUCACAUUCCCUGACCUCACUUCAUAGAACCCAGGCCAAAACAAAACCCAAGCAGUGGUGCUCACCACCCAAGCAAGCCCCAGUGGGCAUCACACAGGUGAUCACCACCCAAGCAAAGGCAGCCUUGCCAUGGGACAGGAACUGUCUCAGAUCCCCAAGCUGAAGGUUGACCAACACUGCCACAGCUGCUUCCUUAGCAUGCUAAAAACCAAGCAAAAAGGCACAUAAAUAAUGCAGGUGUCAGUCAGAAGUUGGACCUCUGAGUUGUAACUGUUGUGUGUAUCUCUGCUCAUGAAUGCUGCUAAGCUGUAAACACAGCUUCAUUCCUUAACUCCCAGCCUGCUAAGUCUAGUCUGGAUGAUUUCCUAAGUGGUAGUGGGGUGGUAACUCCCAAACCAUCACAACAUCUCCCCUCAGCUCUCUCCAGAUUUAUCAUGUGAGAUAUACAGGCUUUGGUCUGGUUGUUGCUGAAGGGAGGGAAAGAGAGGGGAAAGGAGGUUUGGGUUGGGACCCAGAAGGGUCAGGAACCCUCCUGGCAGUCAGAUUGUUCUGAGACAGAUGUUGUGUUUCUGUGUUGCUUUUAACUUAAGUACAACUGUAACUGUUGUGUCUAUCUGCUUAUAAAUGGUGCUAGGCUGUAAACACAAAGCUUCACCCCUUAACUUCCAGCCAGCUAAGUCUAGUCUGGGUGAUUUCACUAUGUGUGGGGAGGUGGAUAACUCCCAAACCAUCACAACAUCUCCCCUCAGCUCUCUCCAGAUUUAUCAUGUGAGAUACACAAGGAUUGGUCUGGCUGAUGCUGGAGGGAGGGAAAAAGAGGGGGAAGGAGGUUUGGGUUGGGACCCAGAAGGGUCAGGAACCCUCCUGGCAGUCAGAUUGUUCUGGGACAGGUGCUGUGUUUCUGUGUUGCUUUUAACUUAUAUAUAACUGUAACUGUUGUGUGUAUAUCUGCUCAUAAAUGGUGCUAAACCCUCCUGGCAGUCAGCUUGUUCUGGGACAGGUAUUGUGUUUCUGUGUUGCUUUUAACUUAUAGCUGUAACUGUUGUGUGUAUCUCUGCUCAUAAAUGGUGCUAAACCCUCCUUAGCAGUCAGCUUGUUCUGGGACAGGUGUUGUGUUUCUGUGUUGCUUUUAACUUAUAUAUAACUGUAACUGUUGUGUGUAUCUCUGCUCAUAAAUGGUGCUAAACCCUCCUGGCAGUCAGAUUGUUCUGGCACAGGUGUUGUGUUUCUGUGUUGCUUUUAACUUAUAGCUGCAACUGUUGUGUGUAUCUCUGCUCAUAAAUGGUGCUAAACCCUCCUGGCAGUCAGAUUGUUCUGGGACAGGUGUUGUGUUUCUGUGUUGCUUUUAACUUAUAGCUGUAACUGUUGUGUGUAUCUCUGCUCAUAAAUGGUGCUAAACCCUCCUGGCAGUCAGAUUGUUCUGGGACAGGUGUUGUGUUUCUGUGUUGCUUUUAACUUAUAGCUGUAACUGUUGUGUGUAUCUCUGCUCAUAAAUGGUGCUAAACCCUCCUUAGCAGUCAGAUUGUUCUGGGACAGGUGUUGUGUUUCUGUGUUGCUUUUAACUUAUAUAUAACUGUAACUGUUGUGUGUAUCUCUGCUCCUAAAUGGUGCUAAGCUUCAUUCCUUAACUUCCAGCCUGCUGAGUCUAGUCUGGGUGAUUUUCUUAAGGUGGGGGGGGGCAGGUAACACCCCAACCAUCACAGCUCUUCAGCAGUUGCCUUUGCAGGUUGUCACAUUUUAGAUGAUGCUGGAGUAAAUUCUGGCAAGGGAUCAGCUUAAUCCGUGAGGGACACCAGAGAAACCACAACCUGCUGCUUUUUCCAUCCAGACUAAUAAAGACAUUCCUCAUGGCUA